GGUUCAUAUACAUUUAUACAUGAUCCCAGGCGAGACUUGGUCAGCCUGAGGUCUGUGCUGCUAAAUGCGCGCGUACGUUUAGCAGUCGUCAAAAUGUCUUCCCCGCAGGUGCUUCGGGCGAAAAUUCCAGCCAAAAUGGAUAGAGUGUGCGUACAGGGCGUUUGGUGGCCAGAGUUAGUGACCGAACAGUCCCUGGAGGCCAUUAAGAAUUUCGAUGUAAGAGACGAUGACGUGUGGGUCGCUACAUGGCCGAAAGCAGGUACCCAUUGGGUCGCUGAAAUCUGUCACCUUAUCUUUAAUCAUGGCGAGGUGGAUAAGGUUGAUAGAGCUCAGCAGCCGAUGCCAUUGGAGUUUGACGUCAGACCAGGUGACAAUAGACUCCCCCGCUACAAGGCUGCGCCAUCUUGGAAGUCGCCUCGCGUUCUGGUCACCCACGUUCCCAAGAGAUUCCUCCCUGACCAACUGCUGGGGGGCAAAGGAAAGGUGAUCACUGUCAUCCGAAAUCUCAAGGAUUCGCUGGUUUCCGAUUACUACUUUGUUAAAGGAUGGGACCCGGAAUCCACUCUGACGUUCGAAGAGUACCUGCAGAAGUAUCUGUAUUCAGGAAAAGUGGAAUUCACGCCUUGGUUCGAUCACGUGGCCGAGUAUUGGUCUGAGCGUCGCAGCCAGCAGUACCUGCUUCUGAAGUACGAGGACAUGAAGGCGGACACGCGAGGGGCUGUUAUUCAGAUCGCCGACUUCUUAGGCCGCGUCCUGUCAGACGAGGUGAUCGACAAGAUUGUCGGCCUGGUGACCGUCAAGAGCAUGAAGGAGCGGUACAACGUUGCUGGAGAGCUGGCAGCGCCAGGAACAGGGAUGAAAGGCAAAGUUGGCGCGCCCAACCUCAUGCGAAAAGGCAUUGUUGGAGACUGGAAGAACACUUUCACUGUUGCUCAGAACGAGACCUUUGACAAAUACUACCGAGAAAAGAUGGCUGAUUCGGAUCUAAAACUGGGUUCCUUGUAAACAAUUCGAAAAAGGCAUGCUGUGGCCAUGAAAUUAUGGAAGGGCUGCGUAGCACCGAGAUCAGAAUAUUGACAAGAAUAUAAUAUAAAAUCAGCGCUCUGAAAUAUGUAAGAGUUCAGAGCACUGAUUAUAUGUUAUAUUCUUGUGAAUGUGCAUUAGCCAUAAAGGCUUCAGACGAAAAGGACACUUAACUCUGAGGCUGCAUCCGAAUCUCUCGUCUAGAGCUAGGUUUAGGUCUUCACUCCAUUGGAAAUGCGUGGAGACGCAUACACAAUAGACCUAGCCGUAGCUCUGGAAGCCCGUUUCGGACACGGCCUUACAUAUACGAGGAACGCUUUCGGUGAAAAGCUAUGGAUUACCAUGGUACCACCGUAGAGGUGGAACGCAUGCAGAAACUUCGUUUUAUCUGACCCGUAAAAGGGUACAUCGGGCUUGGGGGCUAAAAUGUUUAGGUUACCAGGAAUAAAUCCUAUGGGACUUGAAAAAAAAAUAUGAAAUUACCCAUAUAGUGUCUGAUUCUAAUUCUGCAUCAAUUUGGGGGCAUUUUAAGAGAAAUGAGUUUACAUUAGUAUGAAGUUGUCGAAAAUUAUAACUUCACGUCUUUCAGGAAGAAUGAUCCUGAUCAAAGCAAACGUUCCCGCUGUAUAAGAUAUAAAGUUUCAGUUCCUUCAAGGCAGGGCACAAUCUUAUGUUGUUGCGGGGCGCAGGGCACUUAGAAAUGGCGUACGGCAUGCGCCGUGGUUACACUGGUUCUGCUGAUGCUGAAAUGGCGCUUUUAUAAUUGCUCGCGCCGGGAACCAUUUUUAUGGUAUUGACAAGAAUAUAAUAUAAAAUCAGUGCUCUGAAACAUGUAAUUGCCGAGCUUUUGGUAACUGAGUACCUUCUUCAGGGCAAGCAGGUUCAGUUCACCAUAUUGUGGUACUGGGUCAGCAUACCAUGUCUAAAGUGGAGAAAGAAAUGUCAGGCAAAUGCUUCCGAAGACGAUCAAAACAGGCAUGCAUUUAUUGAAGAUUUCAAGAAGAGUUAAGUAACAAGAACUAUGGUCUAUCUGCAUACGUCCUAAUCUAGCACCCCUAAUUUUCAACCCAAAUUAAAUAAAUUUUUAGGGGGUUAUCCUUGCAUUUUAAUGAAAUUUCACAAAAUUUGGACUGUUCUUCAGACUCUGAAGUACCUGUAGAACGCAUAUUGCAAGGACUAAGAGAUGUCUUUACACGCAGGUCUUAAGUAAAUUUGCAAGGGGCUAGCCUUCCAUUUUAAUUACAUUUUCAUUAAUUCCUGAGUUUUUUUCAAAUCCGUCCAUGGCUUGGAGAUGGCUCGGAAUACAUUCACACUGCUGAGAGAUGAGUUUUAGGCGAACUCAAGGGGAAUUCGGCACUCGAAAUUUUGGGCCAAGGCUAAAAUUGCAAAAUUUUGACUUUUUCUUGCAAAUUGUUCUAAAAUGAUUGUAGGUGACUCCGCAUGCAUUCCAAGGACUAACAGACGUGUUUUAUGUAAGUCUGAAGUAAAUUUAACACUCAAAAUGUAAGACAAAAAAUAAAUAAAUUCCCAAGGGGUUAAUCUGGCAUUUUCAGGUUUCAGGAAAUUGUGUCUUUUCAAAUCCAGUUCUUCCGAAUUGCUUGUAAAUGAGUUAGCAUGAAUUCCAAGGACUAAUAGACGUCUUUCAUGCAAGUCUACAUUAAGGUCAACACUCAAGCUUUUGGACAAAAUUAAACAAAUUUGAAAGGGGUUAGCCUUGCAUUUUAAUAAAAUCUUCACAAAAAUUUCACUUUCAUCAAAUACCUCCGAAAUACUUAGAAAGCGGCAUUCAAACGACCAAUAAAAGGUUUCAUGGAAGUUUCAAGCGAAUUCAGUACUCCAAUUUUUGAAAACAAAAUUAAAUUAAUGUACAAGGGGUAAGCCUUCAAUUUUAAUUAUUAUCAUUUUUUUAAAAUCUGCUUUUCAUAAAAUUCCACCAAGUUGCAAAUAGAUGACUCAGCAUGUAUCGCAAGGACGGUCAUUUAUGCAAGUGUGAAGUAAAUUCAACACUCAGAAUUUUGGAACAAAAUUGAAUAAAUUUGCAAGGGUUAGCCCUGCAUUUAAUUAAUUCAAA